AGAAAAUCCCGUAAAUCUCCAAUCCACGGUAUUGUGAGAAACGAGAUGGGAAAUCCCAAAAUGCUACAGAGAAGAUAAAGACAACCUACCAGGGGUUUGUUGUCCGCAACUUCCUUAUCAACUGUCUGUCAAAGAACAAUAUGGCAGUCAAAAAGCAAUAUUAUCACCUUAGUUUUUCGCGAUUUUAACACGUGUGUGAUUGCAUUUUUCCCAUUGUCUCUACAUAACUGAAUGUAAUGAACGGAAUGCUGCCGUCUUUCACACCACCCGUCGUCAAACGCUUGCUGGGAUGGAAGAAAGGCUCUGGUUCAGACGCCGACGAUAAAUGGUCCGAGAAGGCCGUGAAAAGCUUAGUGAAGAAACUGAAGAAGUCGGGUGCUUUGGAGGAGCUUGAAAGAGCGAUUUCAUCGCAAAAUCACAACACCAAGUGCGUGACCAUACCGAGGGUACGUCCCAGUGCAGAGCUUGGCAAUAUUCAACAGCAGCGUAAGGGAUUGCCUCAUGUUAUCUACUGCAGGUUAUGGAGAUGGCCUGAACUCCAAUCUCAUCAUGAACUAAGGCCACUGGACCACUGUGAGUAUGCAUACUCAUUGAAGAAGGAGGAGGUCUGUGUAAAUCCAUACCAUUACACCAGGAUCGAGAGUCCAGCAUUACCUGCAAUUUUAGUACCUCGCCAUACACUCAGUGAUGAAAAUAAUUUAUUUCCCCAUUCUUUGGAAGAUUUGAGUACCUCAGUACCAGAAAAUACAUCUUUUCCACACAGCACCAACACCUUAGGGUUACACCUCACUCAUCCUGCAACAGGUUAUAUGGAUACAGUAGGUAUCUGCCCGAACGGAACUCCAACAAAUAUGGAAUCGCCCCACAGUGCUGUGCCCCCAACUGAAACCCCUCCUCCUGGUUACAUGUCAGAAGAUGGAGACCCAAUUGACCCAAACGAUAAUAUGAGUUUGUCAAGGAUAACCCCAAGUCCACCUGUAGACGCUCAGCCAGUACUCUACUGUGAACCAGCAUUCUGGUGCAGUAUUAGCUACUACGAGCUGAACACCAGGGUUGGAGAGACCUUUCACGCCAGCCAACCUUCAAUUACCGUUGACGGAUUUACGGAUCCUAGCAACUCGGAAAGGUUUUGCCUGGGACUGUUGUCAAAUGUAAACCGUAACACAGUUGUUGAACAAACGAGGAGGCAUAUUGGGAAGGGAGUAAGACUGUAUUAUAUAGGUGGAGAGGUGUUUGCAGAAUGCCUUAGCGACUCGAGCAUUUUUGUGCAAUCACCUAACUGCAACCAGAGGUAUGGCUGGCACCCAGCCACCGUUUGCAAAAUACCACCAGGCUGUAACCUAAAAAUAUUCAACAAUCAAGAAUUUGCUGCGUUGCUGUCACAAUCAGUGAGUCAGGGAUUCGAAGCUGUGUAUCAGUUGACUCGGAUGUGUACUAUCAGAAUGUCAUUUGUAAAAGGCUGGGGUGCAGAGUAUAGGCGCCAAACAGUCACAUCAACGCCAUGCUGGAUCGAACUCCACCUGAAUGGUCCACUGCAAUGGUUGGAUCGCGUCUUGACACAGAUGGGCAGUCCCAGGCUUCCGUGUAGCUCGAUGUCGUAAUCUCGGGCAUUUAAUUUUUAAACGCUGCCUGUUUUAUUUCAAAGCUAAUAUUUGCCGCUAGUUGGGAUAUAAAUUUAGUAUUGGCUCUGGGAAUGAGUCCAAUGAAAGUUAUUACUAUCUAUUAUAGCCGGCACCAGGCACCAACUCCUUUUUUUGUUGUAUUAAAGCUAGGCUUAUCUAUUCAAAGAAAGUAAUUGGCUACGUGUAUAUGGCUUGAUGAAAUGCUUCAAUUGCGUAUUGUUAUCGCGAAACAUUUCUAAUUUUGUAUAUAUUAUUUGCCCGUAUCGACAUUACAUACGACAAAACAUAACCCGUUUCUGUCAGUCUGAAUAUCGUUGCAUUCCUAUUGGUCAAACAUUACCAUUCAGGUUCAGAUGAUAUUUCGACAUCAGAUAGUGCUAUGCCACGACAGUUCUAUGGUUUUUAAGAAAGAAACCAUCCAAUGGUAGAAUCACCAAAAUACUAUUAGCUAAACAAUAAAAUGGGUUGAUUCAUAUCAACAACAUACCAAAAAAUAUUAGUUUUCGGAAAUCAGCCAGUGGCUGUGGGAUUGUCAAAUAAUAAAGUCAAAGUUUCACGUUAGGGCGAAACUAGGAAAGCGGAGGAUAAAUAUAAUUUUUUAAUGUAAGUUUUCAUUGACCAUAUGAAUAGGUACAGUUCACCUUGCCUGAUGCACUCUGUUUUAUGAUGCAGAAAUUCUUAAUCUUUUUACAUAUUUACAUGCAUAUCUACGCUCCCAUUUAGUCUACUUGACAUAUUUUUUAGAAAUAUGCAUCAACUACUAAGCAAAACAAAUAUUUCACGUUCACAUGAAAUUUACAUAAAGGUAAUCUUUGUCCUCGUCUUUGUCACCCUUUAAACCAUUAUAGUUAAUAAUUGUAAUAAUAGAAUUUAUCACCCAACAGAUAGAGAAUCUCUUUACAGAGCAAUAUAAAAUAAAAAACUAUUCUAGUCUGUAACUAUGUAAAACUGUAAUGACUCAUACGCGUGAUCAGAGCCUGACCGCCGCCGGGCGACGGAACGGCUGUCGAGAGGCGUCAGGGUAGAACAGGGCGGUAUUCUAAACUCUGAGACUUAACACAUUCCAAAUAAAACACAUUUUAUUCGCUCAACAAUAUGUCCCACAAGCAUCUUGACAAACUUUGAGAUAUUAGAAUACAAGUAUGUUAAUAAACAAAAAUUUUGCUUUAUUUCUUUAUUACAAUUUUAAUUUUUGUAUUAUGCUCACAAGAUCUCAUUCAUUUGUUAUAAUAAUCUUGAGAAAAACUGUUUCUGAACUUUUGGACUUGUUUUAAGGAGAAAGCUUCCAUAUAGCGAUCUGCUCGAAUAAAUAAAAUAUUUAAAAAUCACGAUCGUGCUACUUUAACUACUACGAAAACAAGGGUCUUCAAAAGAAUUAAAAAAUCCGCGGAAGCAUAUAGCGAUCUCUUAUAAACAAGCCACAAUAACGCUUUUCAUUGCCUUAUUAGAUCCUUGCCUGUUGCGGAACGAAUGUCAAAUGGCUUGGUUUACUCAAGCCGUUGAGCUUUGGACUUUAAUUCCACUCCGCUCGAGUGAUUUCAAUUUUUUUCCUUCAAGUAGGUUUGUCCGAUCGCCAUGAGACACGAAAUCCCCCGUGAAAAUUUAUACUUAUUAUCCAGAGAAAAUUAUAGUCGGCUUUAUUUACUAACUCAAUGUUGAUUUUGCACUACGAUUUAGCUGUUGAACAAUGAACGAAUAGCUGAUGCCGCGCGGCAUCCUGUUUGCCUGUAACAUUAUUGACUAUCAUGCGGGUGAAGCCGUGGGCUUAUUCUAGUAAGAAGUUUGCAUUUUUGGGAAAUAUCUCAUUUGCAUUAAUGUUUUAUAUUUAACAACUUUCUGCAAUUCAAGAUGAUCUUGUGGCCUUAAAAAUCAUAACGUAUUGUUUUUCCACUGAUGAGCUCGUCUACUUGUGAUAAAACAUUAAAACUAGUCAAAAUCAACAAACAUGCUAAGAGUAAGGAACGCGCAAGAAUAUUACCAUAAUUAAACUGAAAGGAAGAAUGAAAACUGAUUCCGGUCCUGAGAUAAGAUGACGCCUCAACGCUUCCACGCUACAAGGCCCGAUACAUUGGCGGAGACUAGUAGUGCUCGGAACUUGUUUCGUCUAAUUACCGCGUGAUAUUGUUUGUUGUUAGACGAAUUGUUAUUUGGUUAUUUCUGUUGUUAUUGUUCGGGUUAUACUUAUAUUUCCUUAAGCGUGGAGUUUGAGACUGGGAGUGGAAGUACCGGAAGCCAUGGAACAAGUAGAAAGCUCGUGCUCAACGUGUUCAAUUAUUUGAACAAGUUUUUGUCGCAGGAAUAUGCACGUACGCGUUACGAAAGCAUGACAGGUUUCCCAGAGUGGACUGUUCGCAGGGUGGUGCAUGAACAGAAGAAAACUAUAGAUACUCCUGAUCCACAGUUCCAUUUGAAAGGACGAAAAGCCAUUAAACUAAAUGGUGACAGCAAAAUGGCGUUAAGACGAACCGUACAUUCAUUCUUCAUUAGGAAUGAGAUACCAACCCUUAAGGCUAUACAUGCAAAGAUCAAGAGUAAUGACAUUAUACCCCCAGUGAGCCUCGAAGUAUUAAGAAAAACCCUGCACGAACUUAAUUUUCGUUAAGAAACGCGUAAUCGGAAGUCACGAUUGAUAGAGAAAGCUAAAAUAAUCGCGUGGCGUCAAAAAUACCUACGCGCAAUAACUGAAUAUAGACUACAGAGCAGAAAAAUAUAUUAUUUGAACGAGACGUGGGUAAGUGCAGGUCACACAGUUAAAAAAUCUGAAUAUACAACAGGUCUUCGUGCAUCGUCAGGUAAAGGUCAAUGAUUGAUCGUUACACAUAUUGGCAGCGAUAGUGGCGUUUUAGAAGGAUGCAACUUGACUUUCUCUAAGAAAGGAACCUUCAGCGAGUUGAACCCAUGUCUGUGAUCGUCAUGGAUAAUGCUUCCUACCACAGUCGUCGACCCGAACGUGUACCAAAUAUGGGGUCUCGAAAAAGUGAGAUGCAGCAAUGGUUGCGCGAAAAGGGCAUUCCGUUUGACGAUUCAUGUGUGAAAGCGGAACUGUACGAAACAAUUAAACAUCACAAACCUACGAACGUUAGUUACGUGAUUGAUGAGAUGGCCCGUCAUUGUGGUGUCACUGCUGCGUUUACCGUCCUACCAUGGUGAACUGAACCGUGGCAGAAUGCUGUCCGUCGUGUUGUGAAGGAAGAAACAAAAAUGUGGCACCUUGACCACAACAUCGACACCAUGAUGGAGCCAGUUUUAGCCAAUCUUGGCGAAGAAAGCGAUAGCGACAGCUUAUUACUUUCAGAUGGAAGUGGAAGCGACGACCAAUGAAGAGAGGUAGACUCAAUUACAUCAUCCCCAAAUUUCUGAUCUAUAACGUCUUCCAAACCAUUUAAUUUUUUAUUAAACACAAAAGAAGUCAAUUUCACCCACAUUAAACAUUCUUACCCCGCAACUGACAACCCGACUACAGGUGUUUAAGUGAUGUUCACGUGAACAUUGAUGAGUCAUUACAGUUUUAGAUAGUUAUGGUAUAUCUACAGGCAUUUUGCCACAUUCUAUACUCCUAGCAGCACAUUUCAGCUCCUUGAGUUUACAAUUAAAUGGGUCAACAUACCGUGAUAUCUUAUUAUAAUGUUAACACAUUACUGGUAAUACUGAUUUCAACAUUAUAUUUGUCGUGGCAGCAGCGGAAUAAAAUGUUUGUCUAGAGUUAAACUGAGGUACAUUGAAUUUAAUAUGCUAUGAAAGAUCUGGAAUCUGGACAGUCAAUAAAAUCAUACAUCAAUUUAUAAAGGACUGUCAGGGAUAACAAUGUCCGUCUGAGCAAACUAUCAUGUUAAAUAGGUUUAGCAAAAAAUUAAAUUCAAUUCCUUGUUCUGGAUAUACAGGGUGUUCCGUAUUCAAAUAGACAAAGUAAAAUGGUGAUAGGAAACAUGGACGAAGACCUUUUCAUGCCUGAACAUAAAAAAGUUCUAAAUUCAGUUCUUACCAAUGUACAUUAUCUAAAUACACAAGAUCUUUCAUCACAUAUCUUAGGCAGUAUUGAACUGAUUUUUUUGAAAUUUGUAAGAUAACAAUGUUACCAACAAGUAACGUAAAAGUAGAGGUACGGUCAAGAAAUAAAGUUCUGAACUCGUUUUUUUUUUAUUUUUGUUUUACAGUAAAAUUAAAAUCUUAUAAGCUGGAUAAUGAAAUAUUUGAAUAUGUUAAAAAAAAGGAAAUGAGUGAUGAUACAAUUGCAGUGAAACUCAUUUGCGAAUCGAAUAAUAAAACCUACUUUCAAUAAUACUACAGCUGAUAGUAUACUUACAUGCAAAUUCCUGUCCUUAGAAAAUAAUUGGUAUCGAUGAGGAACAAUUUCACCACUCACUACACCACGUUGAAUCAAGGUUUGCCAAGCUCGAGUAAAUCCAAAAAGCCCCUAUUAUGCGUAUGGUCUCGUGAAUAACGCUUUACGCAUUCAACUAACUUAAAGCGCUCCAGUUGAACAAGCUAAUGAUGUAUCUAAGGAGUAAGUAUAAUAAUUGGAAAUAAAUAAAUUUUCCGUAAUAUAUCACCGGUAACUGUGUUGCAAAACAUAGUGGGUGUCAAAGAGCUUUAUGUACUAGGGCAUAAAGGUGGUAGUAGGCCUAAAAGAGGAACCUAGCGUCAGAAAACAUAUUUAUAAAGCAUACUUCAUCACCCUGUCGUACGUAAAAUAUGAAUAAAUAAAUACCUCAUCCUAGGCACAAGAACAAUUACAGUAUUUAACCUUUCAUAAGGUAUCAUUACACUUUUCAUAUUCAUAUUUUGAAAACUUGCGCUUAUUUUGCUUUUGUAUCAUUACAUUUGAGAGCUACAUUAUUGCAUACCUAACGACUUAUCACAGUUAACCCUCAAAUGCGCGAUUUUUUCUAUUAAGGUAAAAUAAAUAUAUUUGAUGUUAAAUUACCUCUAGUUGCCACAAAAAAUAGUUAAAAAAAUCCAAAUUCAUAAACACUAUUUAUUUUUGCAAUUUUUUUAAAUGUAGCAUAUGUGCUACAGCGAACAUUAUAACUUAAAUAUACAAAUCACGGAACUAUACUGGUUGGUAGCUUACAGAAAUAGGUCUUAAGCUUUUGGAAUAUGCUUUAACAUUUUAUUUAUGGAAAUCAUGAAAACAGUCUUUAGCUUUGUUAAAGCACAGUGAGGUUUGGCAUUUUUCAUACAUGACGUACGCAAACCCACCGCACUUGGGAAGUUUACAACGUCCUUUUGAGUUUUGACGAAUACCUAUUUUGCAAAGUGUUUCUCCUAAUUCAAUCCUAAAAUUUGCCAGCUCAAGUGUUUUAGUAUUUCCCUUCUGAGCAUUAACUCUCCUAUAUAGAAGCCAAGCAUUUACUAUUGUCAUGUCCAAAAGGUGAUAAAAAAAGUCUGAAAUACCACUUCCUUGAUUUGAGCUUGAUACGGUAUCGACCAAUCAAACUAUCCAUAAGGUCUACUCCUCCCAUAUUUUUAUUAUAUUCUUUUACGAUCUGGGUAAUCGAUCUCCACUCUUUUAUUUUGAGAUUUAUCGUAUCUGUCAGCUUUGGAUUUGGGAAGAGUUCCACAAAAUUUAGACACAAGGGACACAAUUUAAUUGUCCUUCCAUGCAAUUGAAGAAAUUGGUACUCCUUCCAUCUCAGUAAUAUAUUCCUUACUGGUACCUCGAUUUUCUUUACUCAUUUCCUUAUCUCCUGGAAGGGGGCAUUUUGGUAUCCGAUUUCUUCUGAUAGUACCCAAAGCUUGAACACCGCGUUGAGAUAGCUGUGCCAGAAGUGGUAUAAUAACUAUCAAAGUAUAGGGUAAUUCGGGGAGUGAUGGCGCACCUUUUUCUUUAACAGCUGUAUAAAUCGAAAGAAAGACCAAAUCAUACUCAAAACUUAAACUUUUAUUCUUUGGUUAUCAAGCAACAAAUAUCAAACACAUUAUUCAAAUUAGGAAGUAUACAGAAACAUAAAAAGCUAGCUCUAAGGACAUUAUACAAAAAUCCAUCUAACCCGGAAGAUGCGGUUGAGAUGGCGCAGCUAUUUCGGGUGAGAUGGC